AUGUUAAGAAAGUUACGGCUCGAAAGCGUAGUUGAGCGCUGGACGAGCAGUAAAUGUCAAGUACGAGCAGUGACCGAUAUCAGAUAUGCGAAGUCUAUCCGCCACCAUGAAGCGUCCGAUGAUUCCACUCUUCACCGCGACGGACCACACUCCGUGUUCAUGUUGGGCAACCUUGAGAACGACCAGCCAGCUGAUCCGGCAGCUCGAUUUUCGGAAGGAGAUGUUGAGAAUCUCUCUUUGGAUGAUCCUGCUUGCGGAAUAGUAUGGAAGGACUUGAAAGAACGUAAUUCUGAAGUGGAUGCAUUGAAGAAAAAAUUGCAGAAAGCAGAAAAGGACAGGCAACAAUGGGAGGCACAGAAACGACAGCUGGAGUCGAAGUUGCCGAUCGACGUCCAACUUCUGAUGGCGCAAAAGCGAGAACUUACCAUGCAGUUGGAUCGGGAGCAAAACGAAAAGCACGAACUGUUUCUUCAAAUGAACUCAAUGGUAGCUCAGCUCGCUGACACACAGCCGCCGGGUGAAGUAGAAAAACUCAAAUCGCACAACCUGGAGCUGCAACGACGGGUAGAAGAACUUGAGGCGGACAUUGAGGAAACCAAGAAGGAGCUGCAUAUGAAAGCAGCCGCUUUGCAGUCUUUGAUGCUGGCCACGCAGGACUGUGCAAAGGCAGAUCGCUUAAAAGAAGAAAAGGAAGCCUUGGAGAAAUUGCUUGAGGAAUCCGAAGCGGCACUGGCAGCAUCUAGGCGUGAGGUACAAACCAAGAAUGAAGAGAUCAAGAAAUUGCUCAGGCAGUCAGAAGAUAGUAGCUCAUCAUCGCAAAAGCUGGAUGUGUUUAAAAAGAAGCUGGAUGAUACAGAGAGAGCUCUUCAGUUUGAGAUUGAAAAUAAGGAAUCUUUAAUGAAAUCCUGCGAAAAGCUGCUCGCCGACGGUAAGCAAGCAGAAGAAAAAAUCAAGGAAUGGCGGUUGAAACACGAAGAAGAUGAAACAGUGAUAGCCAACCUUAGGAAUGAGCUACAAAGGCUGGAAAAGCUUGCACAGGACGAGGCCGCACACAAUCGUCGCUGGGAAUUUGAGCGGUCCGAAGAAGUGAGGACCCUCACUGAGAAGCUGGUGAAGUUCGAAGCUGAGCUGAAGGAGAAGGAAAGCAAAAUAGAUUCAAUACGAUUGCAACUACUGACAGCUCAAUCUCGAGCAGAACAGACUGAGGCCGACUUGAAGGCAAAAGAACAACAGUUGGUGAAUGCCGAACGCAGAGUGCAGCAACUACAGGCGCAACUCGACGUCUUGGGGAAGGAUACUGUUGAGGUGGAUAUCCUGCGAGAGGAGCUGAGGGAGGCGGAAAGCCGCUAUGACGCUGUUGUUUUGCGCCAUCAGGAGUCCGAGACGACAACACUCCGCGCGGAACUCGAAGCGUCUCAUGGCGAACUCAGUGACACCAAAGACACAUUGCAGAAUUUGGAACGCGAGCUCUCCGAUGUGAAAGCCGAAAAAAAGAAGUUGGAGUCAAAAGCGUCCGUAGCCGAAGAACUGAGUACACUCAUGACAUCGCUCUCAGCUGUUCGUGCUGAGAAUGGACAAUUCCAAGAGGAGAUCAGAUCGCUGCAUGCUGAGGUGCAAGAACUAAAGGAGGAACUGGAGCGGUCAGUGGAAUUAUGUGAAGAGUGGAAGGGGCGUGCGGAAGUAGCGGAGAGGGAAAAAGAAAUAAUGGAAAAGCAAAUUAGCGGUGAAAAAGAGAAAUUUUUUGCCGUUUCUUCAACGACCAAGCAACACAGGUCAGAUCAGUUGAGGUCAGAGAACGGCAGUGAACUGGAAACUGAAAACAACAAACUAAGGGAAGACACUCGUGUUUUGCACGAAGAGCUCUUGAAGGUCAAAAGUGAGCAAAAAGCUAACGAAGAGGAAUCCAUGAGAAAGCUGCAAGAACUGACGGAGAAGUGUGAUGCGUUGCAGAAAGAGGCGAGUAGUAGCCGGUUAAAAUGUGAAGCGUUGGAAGAAGAACAUAAUCGUUUCCGUGAUUUAACUAACAGGGAGAAAAACGAAUGGUUCGAAAGUUCGGAGGAACAACGUGGAAGGGUCAAAAGGCUUUUGCAAGAAGUGGAGGAAUAUAAGGAAAAACUUAAAGCCGCUGAAGAAUUAGCGACUGAGGAGACGAAAAAACACAAAAUGGCUUGCGAAAUGUUGGCAGUAGUGGAGAAAGAAUACGAAGAAAUGAAAAGCACUUUGAGGAGCAUUCAAGGAGUUUCGACACAUUCUCUGGAUAGACUUCAAGAUUCCGAGAAUUUGGCUGCUCAGAUAAAGCAACAGUUUGAGGAACUUGAAAAGCAGAACGCAGCCAAGUUGGACGAAAUGGCGACAUCACAUAAGGCGUACAAAGAGAGGUUGGACAAGCGAAUAGAAGAUAUGGAAGCAGCAAGACUCGAACAAGUGAAGGAGUUAGAAAGGCAAAAGAAUGAGAGCGCAGCGAUUUACCAGGAAAAGCUAGAGUUGGCCGAGAAGCGGCUUGCGGAUGCCGAAGAAUCACACCGGAUCGAGUGCGAACGACUGGAGAUCGCUUUGAGAGAGAAGGCCUCUGCUCCUGGGGUAGAAGAACUGCAACGGGUUAGGGACGAAGCGGAAGCAGCUGCUAAGGAGCAGAACGAGAAACUGAAUAAAAAGGUAGCCGAUCUCGAGAAUCGACUCAAUCAAGCUUCGAAGAAUAACACGGAAAUGAUCGCCAAUAUGCGUGACAUGUCAGCGUUGCUCGAAACCGAAGCGAAGAAACGGGAAGAGUUAACUCAGGAGCGGAGGAAAUGGAUGGAACAGCUGGAUGAGAUGGAACGGCAACUCGAAGAGGCCCGUAACAGUUCUGAAGAGGAGUCUAAGCUUGCUGCAGAGAAUGUUCGCUUAGCUAGCGAAAUGCUGAAAGCACAUUCACAAGCUGAAAAAACUCUGGAAGUGGAGAAGGAGCUGAUGACGAAGCAGUUCAGUGAUAAACUCAAAGUACGGAAAGACGAGCUAGCAUCUAUACAAGCAGAGCUGGACGCCGUUCGUAAGGAGAAGGCAAAACUUAAAGAAGAAGUAGAGAGCUUUCGCAGUAACAACAACGGGCAUCCAGUGCCUGCUGCCCGGCGGACUAUUUCAAAUAUGUCCACCUACACUUACAACACGCAAACAGACUUCAGUGAAAUUGAAGACGUACAGAGGUUACGGAGUGAAAUCGAUAAGUAA